AUGGCCUAUCCAACACAACGAGGAAAACUAAAACGAAGAAAACAAUUGGAAAUCUAUUGUCUGGGAAAUUUAAAGAAAUAUUUGCAAGAGACCACCCUACAUGGCCUCAAGUAUUUGGCGGAUACCUCCCUGACAAAUUGGGAAAAAUUAUUUUUCUUUAUCGCCUUUGUGUUCUGCUUCAUUGCGGUGGUGCAUCUGACCGUCAACAUCUAUGCCAAAUGGGAUAGUACCCCAGUAAUGAUUGGCAUAAGUCCACAGCCGACAUCGAUUGAGAAGCUACCACUACCCGCCUUGGUUUUGUGUAACAUGAAUCAGGUCAUGUAUUCGAAGGUGGUUAAUUACACCAAAGGUUCCAAGGAAGAUGCUCUCCUCCAGUAUUUAUGUUAUUCGGAAAUUGCCUAUGACAGUAGAAAGGCUAAUUCUAAGGAAUUUAAAAAUAAUGAUUUGGAGCUGGCGAAUUUUAUUAUUGCGGUAAGUAUAGGGGAGGAUCAUGAAACGGCAGGUAUUGAAGUGAAGCUCUUCAUUUCAGCAUUCGCAACCCUGCUCUCGUAUGAUGGUUGCCUGUAUAAUCGGUUCCGUGGCCUACAAUUGCACUUUCGCACCCUGGACGGCCUUAAAACUGGUCCCGAUGUUGUACCGGUUGAUUGGAAUCCUGAAAUGGGUUAUCCGUCAAAUUUACCCCCUAAAUACUAUCCACGGUCAACAUUGGGUACCGGCAUCUCCAUGGGCGUUUCGGUCAUCCUAAAUGCCGAAGUUGAUGAAUACUACUGCUCGACAAGUAAUAGUGCCGGGUUCAAAGUAAAUCUUGGCACCCCCAUUGACAGACCCCUGGUCGGUGAAACAGGCGUUAUUGUACCCUUGGGUGCCACAACCAGUUUUCGUAUCGAUGCCCAAAUUAGCCAAUCCUCACCGGCGAUACGUUCGAUAAAUCGUCGUCGACGUCGCUGUGUGUUCCUCAAUGAAGAGUCGCUCGUUUUUUAUCGUUACUACACGAAGACCCAUUGUGAAUAUGAAUGCCUCUCGGCAUUCCUUAUCGAACGAUGUGGUUGCAUUCCCUUGUAUAUGCCGGUUAUCUAUGCGAAUGCCACCUUUUGGCCACAAAUGAUAAGUGCACGGCUCGCUGUCAGACAACCUGUUUUGAUUUGA